AAAAGGCGGAAGUUGGCGAGUUUUUUCGUCGCCGUACGUGAAGCCAAGCAGCAGGUCGAAUUCGUGCACUUGUCCUCGCUAAAAGAAAACAUCACAUUGUUGAGGUAGUUGCUUAAUAUUCGGACGUUCUUUCUGAAAGAACGAUGGCGUCGCACGAGGAGCAGAUCCGUCGAGGGAGAGAGGAGAACGAAGGACAACCACGACAACUGGACGCCAUUUUCUCGACCCCCGUUGUUCCACGCAGCCAAGACGUCCAGCAGCCGAUUGGUCGUCGACAAGAGCAUCCAAAUUCCCCUCGCGUUAAAGAGGAAGAGGAGGAUGCACAGCCCCCCCGUGUUAAAGAGGAAGAAGAAGAGGUUGAUGUCAGCGAGUUGUCACUGAACGUCGUCGUCGUGAAGAGUGAAGACGACGCAGACGAACCAUCCGAGUGGUCACAGCUUCAUCAUCCCAGUUCAAGUGGAGGACCGCCACCAGAGAAACUCUUACCUCCACUGCCACACGGUAACGACAUAGAAGACCGCUUGAGGAGCAACACAGACUGUCAAGCUGACAACAAAUGCUUGGAAAGCUCUGAAAAAGAGACACGUAAAGAACACUUGACCUGCUCACUUUGUGGUAAAAGCUUUACUUGUAAGUAUAGCGUGAAGGAACACAUGAGAACGCACACGGGAGAAAAACCCUUUAGUUGUUUAGUUUGUAGUAAAACCUUUGCUUGCAAGUCAAAUAUGGUGAGACAUAUGAGAGCACACACGGGAGAAAAACCAACUUUUAAUUGUUCAGUUUGCGGCGAUACAUUUUCUCAAAAGGGCUCUUUGAUUGUACACAUGGCAACGCACACAGAAGAAAAACGUUUCGCUUGCUCAGUUUGUGGGAAAAGAUUUGCUAAAAGAAAAAAUAUGACUGUACACAUGAGGACACACACGGGAGAAAAACCUUACAGUUGCUCAAUUUGCAGUGAAACAUUUGCCAAAAAGAUCUCUUUGAUUGCACACACAGCGACACACACGGGAGAAAAACCUUUCACGUGCUCAAUUUGCGGUGAAAGCUAUUCGUACAAGCGCAGUUUGAAUAUACACACGCGAACGCACACGGGAGAACGUCUCAUUAGUUGCUCAGUUUGUGGUGAAAGUUUUUCGUACAAAAAGAGUUUGAAAGCACAUAUGCGGAAACACACGGGAGAGAAACCUUUCACUUGCUCAGUUUGCAAUGAAAGAUUUACUUAUAAGCAGACUUUAAAUGCACACAUGAAAAGACACACAGGAGAAAAGCCUUUCAAUUGCUCAGUUUGUGGGGAAAGUUUUACUUAUAGGCCGACUUUUAAUGCACACAUGAGAACACAUACGGGUGAAAAACCUUUCACUUGCCCAGUUUGUGGCAAAAGCCUUUCUUACAAGCACAGUUUGAAUGAACAUAUGCUAACCCACGCAGAAAAACGUUUUAGUUGCUCUGUUUGUGGUCAACAAUUUGCUCAUGAGGCCUCUUUGAGUUCACACACAGCAACACACACGGGAGAAAAACCUUUCACAUGCUCGGUUUGUGGCGAAAGCUUUACUCAAAAACAAUAUUUACUCAAGCACAUGAGAAGACACACAGGAGAAAAACGCUGUAGUUGCUCAGUUUGCCGUAAAAGUUUUGCCUCUAAGCAACAUUUGAAAGUGCACAUGUGGACACACACAGGAGAAAAACCUUUUAGUUGCUCAGAAUGCGGUGAAAGCUUUACACAAAAACAAUAUAUGGUAAGACACAUGAGGAAACACACUGGAGAAAAACCUUUCACUUGCUCAGUUUGUGGUAAAAGUGUCACUUCAAAGCACAGUUUGAAUGCACACAUGCGGGGACACACAGAAGAAAAACCCUUCAGUUGUUCCGUUUGUGGUAAACGAUUCACAAGCAAGAGAAAUUUGAACGUACAUACGAGAACACACACAGGAGAAAAACCCUUCAGCUGCUCAGAUUGUGGUAAAAAAUUUUCUUUUAAGCAAAACUUGAACGCACACGCGCUGACACACAACAACAGGGAAUAAAUGUUUUCCAUCUUGAGUUUUUGCGAAAACUUUGAAGACCUUUUUUCCAUUUCAGUUUUCUAUCUUCUGUGUAACAUUUAACAUCGAUGAGGUUUUCGUAACUAUCCAACAUAAUUAUUUGUUAUUUGAAAUGCUAGGCGAGCCGGUUCAAACGCUCAUCUCUUGUUUCUUCCUUGCUACCAUUGGUGGCAAGCAAAGUACAAAUACUCUGUUAUUGUACUAAAUAGAUUAUUCAGGUAUCAGUAUUACUUGAGUAUUUGUUGUUCUGACUAAUUUUUACUUUGUACAUUUUAAAUCAGACAUCUGUACUUUCUACGCCUUACUUUGUUAAAACAGGCUGUUGACUUUUUCAGUUUCCAUCCACAGAUGAUGAUGUCAUGACAUAAAAAAGAUAGAAAUACAGAGGUAAAGUCAACCGAGCGAAUUGAUGUUGUCUGCCAAGUGAAUGAUUUGUGGCGCGCGUAUGGUCUUGCGCUAGCCCCAGCUUCUGGCCUUCAAAACGUCUCAGCCUAAUCUAAAAAAAAAAAAAAACCAGGAUGUAUUUUUUUCUGUUGUUAUCAUUUUAUAAUAUAGUAUUUUGUGUUAGUCAGUUCACAUACAUAGCAAAAUACAUAGGAACACGUUGAUUUGAUGGCAUUCAUAUUAAACCAGUGCUAGCAAGCCCUUGGCUGAAAAAACAAACACGUAAGGUGAUUUUUUUCCCCCACUCUGUUUGACCACUAUGUUAGUUGAUAAAAGAGGGAAUAUAUAUACAUAUAUACAUUGUGACACAUUAUCAAAAUAUUUAUUGUAUAUAAUUGUUGAUGAAGUAUUGUUUUUCUUUUGUACUUCUGUACAUAUCAAGAGUAUGUACAUAUUGAAUUUUUACUUAAGUACAGGAGUUGAAUCAAUACUUCUAUACCAGAGUGGUUUUCGAUGUUUGUUACUGGUAACACUUCAAUCCAAUCCACCCAAAAAAUAAAAUAAAACACAAAACAGCAACUGAUGGUAAUAAUGUACCACAAGAACCUAAAUUGUAAACCACUCUUUUCAUUACAAUGUUUUAGCAUUUAGUAUUCAAUUGUUUCGAUGUACAUUAUUGUAUGAUUGCAAUGUUAUACAAUAAAUGACCUAAGUCAAACGUUACGUUUGUGU